ACCGGCCCUGACCAAACCCUCUGCGUGUGUGUCACACAACACAAUGACAUGUUUACACUGACGAGACAUGCAUUCAAACUCAACAAAAGAACACGAGAGUGAGGAUGGCAGAGUUUGAUGUGGAGUUGUUCUCUGAACAGGAGCUGACCUGCUCCAUCUGUCUGGAGAUCUUCAUCGAGCCCGUGUCCACACCAUGCGGUCAUAACUUCUGUCAGAGUUGCAUUGGUGGUUAUUGGGCUUCCAGUUCAGUCUGCACCUGUCCGCUGUGUAAACGUCCGUUCGGCGAAAGACCUGAACUCAGCAUCAACCGUGUGUUUGCUCACAUCGCGCAGAAAUACAAAGAGAAGCGCUACGGGGAGCCGCCCAAACCAAAACCGCGACAGAAAUCCAUUUCAGCUGGAGUUUCACCGACCGAUGCGCACGAGCAAAUAUUCUGUGACAUCUGCAGCGGCAAGAAACAGAAAGCCGUCAGUUCAUGUCUGACGUGUACUGCGUCGUACUGCGAGAUUCACGUGCUGCCACAUCGCCAGACGUCCUUCUACUCAUCCCAUCGGCUGCUGGACCCUCACGAGGCCCUGCGGGGUCGAACCUGCCCUCAACACGGACGACUUCUGGAGGUUUACUGUCGGACAGAUGAGAAGUGUAUUUGUGCCAUCUGUGUGUUAGAGGAGCAUCGCACACACGCCACAGUCUCCGUGCAGACAGAGAGAGCUUACAAACAGAGACUUCUGGGAAAAACCGAGCUGGACGUUCAGAUGUGUAUUGAAAGAAGAAGUGUGGACGUAAAUGAGCUGAAGAGUAAACUGCAAACCCUGCAGAGUUGUGCUCACUCAGAGCUGUCUGAAGUGGAUCAGCUUCUGUCUGACAUCACACAGUCUGUGGAUCGCAUCCGGAGCGAGCUGCUGGCCGGUAUCCAGGAGAAACAGGAGGCUGUGAUUGGACGAGGACAGAGAAUCGUCUCUCAGCUGGAAUCCAAGUUAACUCAACUGCGAGAGCGGAAAGACGGACUGGAGGCUCAGGCCGUUUCUGAAGAUCACAUCAGCUUUCUCAAGAGUUUUGAGGAGAUGAACCGUCCCGUUCAGGACACAGACACACAUGAUGAGCUGGAGGAGGAUCUGACGUUACACUUCUCUCUCGGAGAUGUGAAGAGAGCUUUAGGAGAGAUGUGCGAGCGACUGGACGACAUCCGCUACGGUGAAGUCCAUUACAGACACUCGGUGUCGGGUGUGGCAGAGAGCGAAAGUUUGACAAGUCUUCAAUUCAUCAGGAGGAAAGACCACUGGUCAUUAAAAGAUCUGCGGAAGAUCAAGACAGGUCACAAAAAGAUUAAAGGCUUCCUUGAGGACAUAUCACUGAAUCCAGUGACGGCUUACCCGUUCCUCAUCCUGUCAGACGACAGAAAACAGCUGAAGAGAGGCGAGAAGCUGCAGUUCUACAGAAACAGCGUCCAGCGCUUCGACGUCUGGUCCUGUGUGCUUGCGAAAGAAGGCUUCGAGUCAGGACGACACUACUGGGAGGUGAAUGUUGGUGAGAAUAAGGACUGGAAGUUAGGAGCGGUGCGGGAAUCGUCUCAGAGGAAAGGUCUGUUUGACAUGAGUCCUGACAGCGGUUACUACACCAUCUGGUGGAGCGGGAAUCAUUUGAGAGCUCUCACAGCUCCUCCUCCUGUUAAGAUUAAAGUCAGCGGUCGUCUGCGGCGGGUCGGUGUUUAUCUGGACUGUGAGGAGGGGCAGCUCAUCUUCUAUAACGCCAAGACGGGUUCAGAGCUGUAUUCAUUUACCACAGUGGAGUUCUCCGAGAAAAUGUUCCCGCUGUUUGGCACCAGUGAUAAAGACCUACCGCUGGUGCUGAUGUCCGUGGCUGUCAGUGUCCCCGAAUGACCAGCUCUCCUCAUCUCAAAGAGGGAAACAAUGAUCACUUUCACCCAAAGAAUAAAGAAGAACGUUCAGACUCUGUCACAGCCAUUCUCACUUUUUAAACAUGGUUCCUAUUAUAUCAACUCCAUGUAACAAACAUUAAAAGAAUGAAAAUCAUUUUGAGAAUUUGAACUUCAGCUGCAAACACGAAGAUCUUUGUUUAACCUCACCACAGCUUUUAAAUCCAGAAUAUUCCCGUACAUCAUUUUAAGCAAAUGAUCAAAUCGGGUUACAAUAUUAUUACAUAAAGCAAAAAUACUAAAUAACUACCAUUGACUGAAAGAUUAAAUAAGAGUCUUUUGCAAUUCCUUCACAUUCAUGUAAUCACGAGUUAUAUUUCAUGUCGUGUGUCCACCACAUCAUUGGUGUAAUAUUAAUGUAUAUUCAGGACUUUGUUUCAAAUUCCACCGAAGGGUUAAAAACCAGCCUUCAUUUGUCAACACAAAUGGAGUGACCCAAUGCAAGUAAAGUUAAAGUAGUGAAGCCAAAUGUCACACACUGUCGGUUUAAGGACUAGAGUGUCGUCAUGGAAACAAACCCGUCUUAUGAAGAAGUAACUUUGACUGCACAAACACUCAACAAAUUCCAUCAGACUCGGAAUCAAUACGCCCUGUGCACAAGCGUAGCGUAUCGACGAACUUCCGCUGUCGCCAGAAGUCGGCAUGUCAGUUUCCGGUUUGCUCUCGCACCGCACAGAAUGUCAGUGUUCACAAGAUGUCUUCAAGAUCUGCCCAAAAUAAGCAUUAACGAUGUACACCGCAUCGCUGACGCCUGGUCUCCUGCUCCAACAAGCAAGCGGGACAAAAGAUUGAGCUGCCAGUGUAAAUCUUUACAUUUAUUCAAUACACCAGGAAUUUGUACAAGAUGUUUUUUGCUUAAAGAUAAUAAAAUAAGUCAAGUAAAAUAAAGAGAAUUUUC